AUGUUGAGCAUCGCCAGCGGCCUUCUGGUGGCCGCCCUCCUGUCGAGGACGGCUCAGGCGGGGAACUGGUUGAGAACGUCGCCGCGCGGGAACGCCCUGCCUGACGGUGAACCGCCGGCAUCCUUCGACCGCAGGGAAAACGUAGUAUUCCCCGCGGGCGUGUCGAGCGAGCGGGACGUGCGCCCGGCCUUGCUGCAAACCAACAAGUUCUACUCGAACUUCCUGCUCGACGGCCCCGCCCGCGCGGCGUGGACUCUGCCGUACAUCGUGUCCGUGAACGAUGACCACCCGUUCGGGAUGAGCGUGGCAUAUCCCAAGUUUUUCGAGGGGGAGAGGUCGGAGGAUGACCGCCUCGAGUGGUACGCUACUACCACAACCAAGGACAUCGUCCUAAGCGCUGUGGAGUUGCACACCAACCAAGAGGCGACUUUGACCGACUUCGACGACCAGGGGUUUACCGCAUUCGUCAGUUUUUCUUCUGCUAUGGUGGAUGGAAGCAUGAAGACGUGGCUCGUGCGAGGAAUGGCAUACGCUACGGUGAUGUACGACGAUUUCACCCCUGAGGUGUCGAGCAUUCACGCCAUCCUCUCGGUUAACGGAAACGCAGUCGCGGACCAGACCCACACAUCAAGUGACGGUCGGUUCGUGCUCGAGCUCAAUGACCUCACCACUUGGAUCCUCUACUCGAGCGACACUUCGCUGGAGCUGGAGUACGAGCCUGCUGUGGACGACACGCCUAGCGUGCUGAAAGCAACUCUGCCUAUGUCGGGCACCCUGAGAGUGACGCGGGUCCCGUAUGAGGAGACCCACUCUCAGUACGACGAUGCGGUGUCUCUCUUGGACCAGUACUCCGGAUCAUAUCCAACCAAGGCCGAGCUCACGACGUGGAUGCACAAGACCAACACGGACAGAGGGAGGUACCGCAUCGAUUGGACGACCGCUGGCGACGGAUCAGGACUUCUCCACUAUGGCCUUCCCCAUCACCAGAGCAAGGUUCGCAGCAGCACGGCCGAGAGGACGGGGAUCUAUCUCGCCAGCCCGACAAAGGGAGACAUGGAGCUAUUCACUGGCACGGUUUGGAUUGUCGCGGAGAACGAACUGCCCGAGUUCGAGUGGAUCCCGAGCAUGUCUGGCAUCACCGACUCUUUGCAGAUGGCAUGGAUUACUUACUACCUGGAAGCCGAGAUUGCCGUUCCUCUGAACAAAGAAGAAGUGGCUGGCGGAAGCGUGUACUUUGGUGCCAAGUACCUGAUGGCCUACAGUCAACUAUGCCUGGUGGCCGCAGAGCUCGGGAGGGACGACCUGGUGGAGACAUGUUUGGACCAGGUGGAACAGAACUUCGACGAGUACCUGCAGCACACCAACGGAAACGCUCUUGUCUACGACACGGUCUGGGGUGGUGUUAUCGGAGAGCAAGGGCUGGAAGAAGAGAACGGUGCAGCGGAUUUCUACGCGUCCUACUACAACGACCACCACUUCCACUACUCCUACGUGAUAAACGUCGCCGCUGUCUUGGCCUACCUUCGUCCGAGCUGGAUCGACAACACGAAGGUCGCUUGGGUCAACACCUUGAUCCGUGACGUCAACAGCCCCGACCAGUCCGACGCGUACUUCCCUCAGUUCCGUUCGUUCGACUGGUUCAGCGGGCACAGCUGGGCCAGAGGGCUCCUCUUUGCCUACGACGGGAAGGAUCAGGAAUCGACAUCCGAAGAUGUCAACUUCUACUACGCUAUGACCAUGUGGGGAAACGCUACGGGCAACGCCUUCAUCGAGGGGCUGGGCCGGCUGCAGACGGGCGUCGUGAGGAGGUCUAUCAAUGAGUACUUCCUCCUGAAAGACAGCAACCAAAACCACCCUGACGACUUCGUCAAGAACAAGGUGACAGGGAUCUUCUUUGAAAGCAAAGUGGACUACACGACGUGGUUCGGUGACAAUGUGGAAUACAUCCAUGGGAUUCAGAACAUCCCUGUGACGGCGAUCACAGAGUUUGUUCGUGACGCCCAGUUCUGCCAGGAAGAGUGGGAUCAGAGACUGGAGUCUGUGGUGGAGAGCGCGGAGGGCACGUGGAACACGGUCUUGUACAUGAGCUAUGCCACCAUCCAGAAGAACGAGGCGUUCGAGAAAAUGCUCACGAGCGGGACUGACUCCGGUCUCAAGCGGGCUUGGGCGCUCUACUGGGCUGCCACGAGGCCUGCAUGCUCCACCUACUGCUCCCACGACGAGGUGGACCUUGCCGAACCUCCGAUCCCAACACCUGCUCCGGUCGUUCCAACCGGCGCCUUCGACGGCGUCCCUGCUACCAUCCCGGGCAGAAUAGAGGGGGAGGAAUUCGACUACGGAGGGGAAGGUGUUGGAUACUCGGACACGGAUGCAGGCAACAACGGAGGACAAUUCCGUCCGAGUGAAAAUGUGGACAUCUCGAUCAAUGGGGACGGGUACAACGUCGGGUGGAUGAGGAGCGGCGAGUACUUGCGGUACACGAUCGACGUCACGGAGGAUAUCUCGGACUUGGGCUUCAGUUUCUCCGUGUCUAGCCCGUACACCAACAUCGACGAGCGUGGCACCUUUCGUGUCGUGACGGGGGGGGGUGGUUGCGACGACGAUGAUGCGACGGACCUUAGCGGGCUGGUUACCGCGCCGUACACGGGAGCGUGGGGAAGCUACGAAACCGUGGAAGCGAAUGGAGGUCAAUCCCUCGCCACCGGACAGACCGAAAUCUGGCUAUGCGUCGUCAGCGCUGGUUUCAACCUCGACUACUUCGACAUGGGGGCAGAGGUUUUGCUGUUCCCCGACAUUUCGGAAGAUCCAUCGUCUGUUGUAUCGGCCCAAACGCUUCCGCCAACAUCGUCACUGGCGGCAGGGAACACGGGAAUGGCCCCAACGACAUCCCCAACACCGACUCCAUCCGCCGAGGAGGACGCACCAGUCACAGCGGUUCCUACUUCAACUGGAUCGGUUGCGGAGGAUACAGAAUUGGCCCAAUCGACAUCCCCAACACCGACUCUAUCGGCCGAGGAGGACGCCGCCGUCACAUCGGUUCCCACUUCAACUGGGUCGGUGGAGGAGGAUGCAGGAUUGGCCCAAACGACAUCCCCAACACCAUCUCCUGCCAACGAGGAAGACGUAGAAGUGGCCGUCACAGCGGUUCCCAUUUCAACUGGGUCGGUGGCGGAGGAUACCGUGGUGGUCGACAGCACACAAUCCCCCACACCCACCGCGUCGACGACGGUUGUGCCGGAAAAAGCAUCGUCCCCAACACAAUCCCCAACAUCGGCUCCAACCACGCCAGCUAGCGAAACGGUAUCAGAGGAUUCAGAAUAA